CGCUAUAUAGCCUGCACCCACUUCGGGGCCUCAUCAGUACAGCUAGACACUAGUUUUCAAGUUUUUUUCUUGAUUCCAGAUCACCGUCGCAAUGGGUGAAAUCGAGCCUGAGUCUGGCUACAAGGUGCCUCUUGCCGGCGGCAAGCCCGUCGAAGAUGGUCUUCGCAGAACUGAUGGUGUCUCUGGACUGUACGAGGGAAAUGUCUUCGAGGCCACUCCUGAUGACCGCCGUCAGAUCGGUGUGGUCAGUGCCUCCUUCCUGAUUUUCAACCGCGUCAUCGGCACUGGUAUCUUUGCCACCCCCAGCACCAUUCUCUCUUUGGCCGGCAGUGUCGGUCUGUCCCUCAUCAUGUGGGUCGUCGGCACUUUGAUUGCCAUGGCCGGUACGGCCGUCUAUCUCGAAUGGGGUACCGCUAUUCCCAAAAACGGUGGAGAGAAAAACUAUCUCGAAUAUGUCUUCACCAAGCCGAAGUUUUUAGUAACGGCCAUGUACGCGGCUUACGCCGUCCUGUUGGGUUGGGCUGCGAGUAACAGUAUCGUCUUUGGCGAGUACAUCCUCAAUGCUGCCGACGUUGAGGUCGGACGAUGGAAUCAGCGUGGAAUUGGCUUGGCGUGCAUCACGGUCGCCUUCUUGAUACACUCCUUUGCAGUCAAAUGGGGCCUCAUGCUUCAGAACGCGCUGGGUGUCGUCAAGCUAGUCAUCAUCGUCUUUGUUGUCGUUACCGGCUGGGUGGCUCUUGCUGGCCACGUCAAGAUCGACAACCCUCCCCACAACUUCACGAACGCUUUCGAGGGUACCACCGACACCGGGUACGGCAUCGUCAUGGCCCUAUACAAUGUUAUCUGGUCCUUUAUCGGUUAUUCCAACGCCAACUAUGCCUUGAGCGAGACCAAGAACCCCACACGUACUCUGAAGAUUGCAGCCCCGAUUGCUAUCUGCUCCGUCGGAAUCCUGUACAUGCUGUGCAAUAUCGCAUACUUCGCUGCGGUGCCUAGGGAACAGUUCUUGUCUUCGGGUCAGACUGUUGCCGCCGCUUUCUUCGGGAACAUGUUUGGUUCACGGGCCGAGAAGGUCAUGUCCGUCUUUGUGGCCUUGUCAGCUUUUGGAAAUGUCUUGUCGGUGAUUUUCUCUCAGGGACGAAUUGUUCAGGCUCUGGGUCGUGAGGGAGUUCUGCCCUUGUCGAAGUUCUGGGCCAGCAACCGGCCGUUCAACUCGCCGGCUACUGGUCUCUUCGAGCACUGGGUUGUCUCCAUCAUCAUCAUGUUGGCGCCUCCUCCCGGAGACGCUUAUAACUUCUUGGUCAACCUGAUCACGUAUCCCUUGUCGCUUGUCAACGUGUUCGUGUCUGCUGGUCUGAUUUACAUCUAUCUGACCAAGUCGAAGAAGUUCCCUGACUGGGCCCCUGGUAUCCGCGCCACGCUGCCGGUCACUGUCUUCUUCUUUCUGUCGAACGUCUUCUUGGUGGUUGCCCCGUAUAUUCCUCCCAGCGCGGGCCAGAGUGUGUACAAGAGCCUACCGUACUACCUGCAUUGCGUGGUGGCGCUGGGUAUCUUCGCGCUUGGAGCCAUCUACUACGUGGUGUGGGCGAUUUUGAUGCCCCGCUUUGGAGGUUAUAUCCUAGUCAAGGAGUCAGUGAUUGACGCCGAUGGCUGGUCCAGAAGCGUGUUCACCAAGAUGCCCAUGAACCAGGCAGCCCAGCCGUCCGAGCAGCAGCAGCAGCAGCGAUAGACGCGCACGUGUCUGCCUGGAUCUGAAAGUUUGGGUUUGAACGGCAACCGGACUCCGAUUGUGGGGACACUUCCUUUGUUGCCUAAUGCUUUAUGAGGAACGAUUCAAC